AUGAAACCCGUCCUUGAGCAGUAUUCCAACAAGGUUGCCGGCAAGGAUUUCGGAAUUUGCUUCAAUCCGGAGUUCCUCAGGGAAGGCACCGCAAUUGCCGACUUCCACGCACCUCCGAAAACUGUCAUCGGUGUUUCGGACCAGAAAACCGCGGACGUUCUGGCUGAGAUCUAUGCUCCUGUGGACGAAAGCCCGAUCGUGACGACCGUUGAGGUCGCCGAGUUGGUGAAGUAUGUCGACAAUGUCUGGCAUGCCACCAAGGUCUGCUUCGCCAACGAAGUCGGUCGUCUUUGCAAACCGAUGGGCAUCGACAGUCACGCGGUCAUGGACAUUUUUGUUCAGGAUACGAAGCUCAAUCUCUCUCCCUAUUACCUGAAGCCGGGCUUCGCUUUCGGAGGCUCCUGCCUGCCCAAGGAAGUGCGUGCUGUCACGCAUCUGGCGGAAAAGCUCGGCGUGUCGACGCCGCUGAUGGAUUCCCUGACGCCAUCCAACGAGAAACAGAUUGAUCAGGCCAUCGGGAUGAUCCGCGAGACCGGCGCGAAAAAGGUUGCCGUCCUGGGUGUCGCGUUCAAACCUGGAACCGAUGACCUGCGCGAGAGCCCGGCUCUUGAACUCAUCUCCGAGCUUCAGCGGGACGGUAUCGAAGUGGUCGCCUAUGAUCCGGCCAUCCAACCAGGUCCGCACAUCGCACAGCAGUUUGAAUACAUGCGCUAUGCGGCACCUCAUCUUCAAGAAGUGGUCGACGGUCUUGCCGGGUUCAUGAAAUCAACGCCGAAAUCCGCGAUCCGCGACGCAGAUGCGAUCAUCGUUACUCAAAAACUGCCGGAGCUUCGGAGUGUGCUCAGGUCGAAGAAGGAAGAGGCAACGGUCGUGGACCUAGUCCGCAUUUCCGCAGAAGUCCCGAACUCUUCCCACUAUAUCGGAAUAGGCUGGUAG